AUGGCUUCACCACAGACACCCCUAGAUCAGUUCCUCAAUGGUAUCAAUGCUGCUGAUCUGACCCAAAUGCUGGGUGCUUUCACCACGGAUGCUGAGAUAUUCGACGAUGGAAAGAGCUUCAAGGGUGAAGCAAUGAAAGCGCUAUGUGAACAGGGCAUCAUUGGACAUAGGACCCGCGUCGAGAUGCUUGAGAGGGAGGGGCACCAAGAUGGCAAGAUCUUUCAGCACAUAAAGAUGGACGGUGACUUUGUUGAGGAUUUCAACAUCCACGAACCCUUCGACCUGUUUCUCCUUGCGACCAUCAAGAACAACAAGAUCGAGCACCUAGAGAUGGGAGGUGUCGACACCAGAAAGCCGACCAUUCGCACUGUCUAUGCCGCCUCCGGGAAUGCCUCAGAUCCACUGUCUUCAGUCCGUAUCAACAGGAGGAAGCUCCCCGAGCCCAAGGAGGGUUGGGUCAGAGUAAAGAUGCAAGCAGUCGGUCUUAACUUUCACGACAUCUUCACCCUCCGCGGCAUAGGAAUGCACGAGAUCCGAUUCCCAAUGACUUUGGGCAAUGAGGGCGCAGGCAUUCUGGAUGAUGGCACGGAAAUUGCAAUUUAUCCUGACCUCGGCGACCCAGAUUUCAAGGGAGACGAAACCCUGGACCCAAAUAGGCACGUUCUGGGAGAACUUGUGCAAGGGACAUUGGCAGAGUACGUCGUUGUGCCGAAGAGGAAUGUGGUCCCAAGGCCACCAGGGUUGAGCGCAAAUGAUGCAUCGGUCAUGGGAGUGGCCUGGUUGACAGCCUACCGUAUGUUGUUCAAACAGGCUAAUUUGAGACCCGGCCAGACAGUCUUGGUCCAAGGUUGCUCUGGGGGUGUCACCACAGCUUUGAUACAGCUUGGCUCAUCGGCUGGUCUUCGAGUCUGGGCCACAGGUCGUACAGAGGCCAAACGAGCACUAGGACUCAAACUGGGUGCUGAACGCACAUUCGAGCCUCUCCAAAAGCUGCCAUAUCUUGUUGACGCUGCAUUUGAUACAUCCGGGGCGGCCACCAUCUCCAACUCUCUCGCGUCCGUAAAGCCAGGAGGUAGAGUUGUGUCAUGUGGCAUUCACUCGGAAGGCGGAUCGAACGAGGUCACCAUCGACCUCAUGCAUCUGUUCGUCAACCAGAUCGCACUCAUCGGCGUCUACACUGGAACAAGAGAGGAGUUUGUUGACCUGCUGAAUUAUGUUGCGGCCAAGAAAAUAAAGCCUCAUAUUGGAAAAGUCUUACCUCUGGAGAAGACAGAGGAAGGGUUGAAGGAUAUCUGGGAAGGCAGGACUGAUGGUAAGAUAGUCAUUACGAUCUGA